GUGGUUCUGUGGUAAGGUAAAACCACCGGUAAAAAAGCUUGUGUUGUGAUCAUGUCGAAGAGAGGACGUGGAGGUUCAGGGGGAGCCAAGUUCAGGAUUUCCUUGGCUCUGCCUGUUGGUGCAGUUAUAAAUUGUGCAGAUAACACAGGAGCUAAAAACUUGUAUGUAAUUGCUGUACAAGGUAUUGGUGGAAGACUUAAUCGUCUUCCAGCCGCUGGAGCAGGCGAUAUGCUUGUUGCAACAGUAAAAAAGGGUAAACCUGAACUGAGGAAAAAAGUAAUGCCUGCUGUAGUCAUAAGACAGCGAAAACCCUUCCGAAGGAAGGAUGGUGUUUUCAUUUACUUUGAAGAUAAUGCCGGAGUAAUAGUAAACAACAAAGGAGAAAUGAAAGGUUCAGCCAUAACAGGUCCUGUAGCAAAAGAAUGUGCUGAUCUUUGGCCUAAAAUAGCAUCUAACUCUGGAAGCAUAGCAUAGAUUCAAACUAUCAUUAAUAUAUGAAAUUUUUCAAAA